AUGGCCAGCAGCAGCUCUUCAGUACCACCAGGAGGAGAUAACUCUCGCGUGAAGAUCGCCGUCAUUCAGCUGAACUCCAUCGCCGAGAAGGAAGCCAACUUUGCCACUGCUCAGCGGCUAAUCGAGGCGGCCACCGCCGAUGGCGCCCGGAUGGCCUUCCUGCCCGAGUGCUUCGACGCCAUCUUCCCCAGUCGGGCGCAGACGCUGGAGAACGGCGAACCGGUGGACGGGCCCACGGUGAACCGGUACCGGGAGCUGGCGAGGACGAACAAGAUCUGGCUCUCGUUAGGAGGACUGCACGAGAAGAAUCAGGCUUCCGCCGGUGCCGACGAUAAGCGGCUCUUCAAUGCGCACAUUGUGGUGGACGACCGCGGUGAGAUCGUCUCCGUGUACCGAAAGGUGCACCUCUUCAACUUGGACAUCCCGGGGACUCGCCUUGUGGAAAGCGAAUUCUCGCAGCCAGGACGAGCGGUAAUCAGCCCCGUGGCGACGCCCGCCGGCGCCCUCGGCCUCGGCAUCUGCUACGACCUGCGUUUCGCAGAGUUUGCCAUCGCCCUCGCCAAAGCCGGUGCAGAUAUUAUCUCGUAUCCCUCCUCCUUUACCGUGCCAACGGGCAAGGCGCACUGGGAGACGCUGCUUCGCGCUCGGGCCAUCGAAACGCAGUGCUACGUUGUGGCCGCCGGGCAGGUGGGCAAGCACAAUGAGAAGCGCAGCUCCUACGGCCACUCGCUGAUCAUCGACCCGUGGGGCGUCAUUCUGGCACACCUCGAGGCGGACACGCCCGGCUACGCCACCGCCGAGGUCGACCUGGAGCACCUCGCCGACGUCCGCCGCCGUCUGCCCGUCUGGACGGACCGCCGGCCGGCGCUCUACGGGGACAUCCGGCCGGCCAGCGGGCGCUACCAGUCGCCCACAUCCACUGAGCUGGCCACAGUUGAAGAAGAGGAGGAGUUGCAGUCAUCCUUUGCCUUUGGCCCCAGGGCCACCGUCCAGCCGUAUCAGAUCUUCGCCUGCACACCACUCUCCGUGGCCUUCGUCAACCACCGACCGGUGCUGCCGGGCCACGUCCUCGUCUGUCCCCGUCGGCCGACGGCCAAGCGCAUGGCCGACCUGACCGCCGACGAGGUGGCCGACCUCUUUCGCCUGGUGCAGGCGGUGCAGACGGCGGUGGAGCGGGCGGAACAGGCCGCCGCCUCGACGAUCGCCGUCCAGGACGGCGCCGAGGCGGGCCAGUCGGUGGAGCACCUUCACGUGCACAUCGUCCCGCGGAAGGGCACCGACUUUGGCGGCCAGGUGGACGAGAUCUGGCGGCGGCUGGCGACGCACGACAAGGAGGUGGACGGCAAGUUUGGCAUUCCCCUGCAGUCGCAGGCGGAGAUGACCGCCACCAGUCAGAGGCUGCGGCAGGAGUUGGCCGGAUCAUUGCCGGCUCACUAA